AAUUUUAAAGUUAAUUUUUUCACAAUAGAUUUUUUUUUUUCUAACAAAAAUAAAAAUGGCUGGAAACUUUUGGUUAUCUUCACAUUGUCAGCAGUGGAUGCUAAAUCCAGAAGAACUUUCUGCAGAAAUGCUUCAUGAUUCAAAAUAUCUUACAAGUAAAGAAAUUCGUAAACUUCAUAUUUUUUUUUGUCAUUUUAUACAGACUCUUGGAGAGUGUCUUAAAUUACGUCAACAAGUUAUUGCAACUGCAAUAGUCUAUUUAAAACGUUUUUAUUCGCGUCAUUCUUUAAAAAGUGCUGAUCCACUAUUACUAGCACCGACAUGCCUUUAUGUUGCUUCAAAAGUGGAAGAGUAUGGACCAAUGUCUAAUAGCCGGUUGAUAAGUGCUUGUACCACUGUUUGUAAAUCAAGGUUUAGUUAUGCUUAUCCAUCAGAGUAUCCUUAUCGAAUUAAUCAGAUAUUAGAAUGUGAGUUUUUUUUGCUAGAAGUCAUGGAUUGCUGUCUGAUUGUGUUUCACCCAUACAGGCCUCUUACUAAAUAUGUGGUAGAUAUGGGACAGGAAAGUAGUAUUUUGCCAUUUGCUUGGCGAGUAGUUAAUGACAGUUUACGCAGUGAUGUGUGUUUAUUAUUUCCGCCAUACUUAAUUGCUCUUGCUUCAAUUUAUAUGGCUUGUGUUUUUGAAAAACGGGACUGCCACCAGUGGUUUGCUGAAUUAAACAUAGGAAUUGAUAAAGUGCUUGAAGUUGUCAAGCAUAUAAUAAGUCUUUAUGAAAUCUGGAAAACGUUUGAUGAAAAAAAAGAAAUAUCAGGUUUGUUAGCUAAAAUGCCAAAGCCAAAAUGUCCUCCAGCAUCUCGACCAUCUUCAACAACACCUCUAGCUCACCAGCAUACACCUUCACCUAGUAUGAGAUAAAAAUGUGAAAUAUAAGACCAUUAACAAGUAUUAAUAAAGAAAUGUAAUUUAUUAUAUAUUUAUAAUUGAAUAAAAAGAUUUAUAUA